CCGAGUUUGGAGCUCAGCCUCUUCUCUUCCUCUGCACAUAAUGGUGAACGUGCCGAAGACCCGCAAGACCUUCUGCAAGGGCAAGCAGUGCAAGAAGCACACCCUGCACAAGGUUUCCCAGUACAAGACCGGCAAGGCUUCGGUCUUCGCCCAGGGCAAGCGCCGCUACGAUCGUAAGCAAUCUGGUUAUGGUGGUCAAACCAAGCCCGUCUUCCACAAGAAGGCCAAGACUACCAAGAAGAUUGUUCUUCGUCUGGAGUGCUCCGUCUGCAAGUACAAGAAGCAGCUCGCCCUCAAGCGCUGCAAGCACUUCGAGCUCGGUGGCGACAAGAAGCGCAAGGGCCAGGCUCUCAUCUUCUAAGCGUCCUCAUUUUGCUCUGUGUGAUUCUCGGUUGUGUGUUUCCCCGUUGUACACAAUACCAGUUCCUUCACUUUUUA